AUGUCUCAGGAGGUUGACUGGUUACACAGCCAAGCUGGCGUGUGUAAGGUAGAUCUCUACAAUCCUGAUGGAGGGAAAGACCAGGACCGCAAAGUGAUUUGUUUUGUUGACGUCGCCAGCCUGAACAUAAAAAAUACAGAUGAUAAAGAUGCUGCUGGCCAGUCCAAAGCCAAUGAACCUGCCACAGGACUUGAUCUGGGGAAAAUGCAGGACAAAGAGGUCAUUGUAAUAAAAGAUAGUGAGACACCUGAGCAGUCUAAGACUGAAGGAGCAGUAUGUCUUUUCAAACAAGGUUCAACAGAAGAACUCAAUGUUGUGACUUGGCUCUUUGAUGACCUGCAGAAAUAUGCAUGUGGAUUUCAGCAUGCACUGACCCCUUCGAGCACCCCUCGUCAACCUAAACCAUCAGCGGCUGACAAGAUGUCCCAGAACAACAACAACACAGCUUUCAAAUCUUCUAGUGGUCAGAAAGGACCUGCAGAUGAAGUAGCAGGUACUGUCCAAAAGCUCUGUUCUUUGGUUAUGCAAAUGGCCAGUAAAGAGAUCUCUGAAAAUUUGGAAGAUGCAGCCAGUAAGUGUAUACGCCAGGCAAUUUAUGCUACAAAAGAUGGGAAACCUCUCAACCCUGGUUCUGAAGAGGGUAAAGGAGGUCCCAAGAAAACCUCUCUUUUUUAUGGCGAGGUAUCUUCCAACCAAAGUGAGUCAAUUCAGGAAGAAGAAACAAAGCCAACAUCAACCCAUAUCGUUCACCCAAGGAGACAGUCAGGUCGCAAUGAUGGUAGUUCUGUUAACAAAGGGCUAAUGGUUUAUGCAAACAAAGAUGCUAAGGAUAUGACAUUCUCAUUUGUGAAAGCCACAAAGGUUCACAAGAGGCAACCACUACCAGCUUGUGUGGUUUUGAAAAGAGUGUUCCUUAAGCACACAAAGGAUGUCAUAUCAGACUUAAUUGACUCUACUAUGAAAAAUCUACAUAAUGUCACUGGGGUCCUCAUGACAGACUCUGACUUUGUUACUACAGUUAAGAAGAAUCUUUUCAAUGCAGGAACCCAGAAGUCAACUGAGAUUUUAGAAGCAAUGGUACUACGGAUGUAUAAUGCUCUGAUGUCAGAAACUAAGGAAAAAGGGCAUAGUCUUGUAUACUCUUUACUAAAAACAGGAUGUUCAAUGGACCCAAGUGCUCAAAGUAUGCAUUUUGCAUCUCUGAAAGGUGGAAUACAUGGAGGCAAAGUUCCAGACAGGGGAUGUCAUGACAAGAGGCCGGAAAAAAGUAACUCCACAACUGAAUUUCUAGCAAAAGACCUCAUCUUGACAGCUUUAAUGUUGAUACAGCAACAUCUGUUAACUCAGCACAAGGAACCAACUUGUGAGUCAAAUUCUUCUACAUUUGGGUAUUUUGAAAAAGGAGGCAAACAUGGUUCGAGAUCUCACGGUUGCAAGGGUGAUCCACAACAACAAGAAUUCCAGAAAGGAGAAAUACAAAGCGCUCUCCUUUCUAUCAUCUCAAAGGUCCUACAAGAGGCUGGUUUCAAUGUAGAUGAAUGUGAGAUAACCAAGAAACCAAACUCAUAUGAUGAGAGGCCUAACAGAAAAUCCUCAUCCAAACACUACAGUGCAGAGGUAGACUCUGAAAACAUGGACCAAAUAAACAAAAAAUUCAUUGAUCAGCUGAUGGAAUCUGUGAUGAAGCUGUGUAUGUACAUGACUAAAAGCCCCGAUUUUAAACCUCCACGACCGACAUCUAUUGGAAAGCCACUUGUGCCUGCUGGCUCUGAGGUGAUAGUGAACAACCAGACUUCCAAUACCAGCUUGCAGAACAAAGAGCUCCAGGCUGUCCUCCAGUGGAUGGCUGCCUCCCAUUUCCAAGUGCCCAACCUCACGUUCAUGAAUGAGAAUGAUGAGGAAUUGAAGAAGCUUCCUCAACUUGCAGACAAAGCCGCCAAGAAGGGCUCAAGUGUGGGAGAUAUUCUGCAGGAGGUAAUGAGGUAUUUUGAAAAACAACAGAUUGAUGCCGCUGUGGGAAACAUGCCUCGUGGCGGACUUCUCGACUGGUUGCUUGUUAAUCUGUAG